AUGAUGGAAAAGAAACCAAAAUGUCAAAUUGCAAGGAUAAAACCAUCGAUCGAAAACGUUAUACCGUACAAUCAUUUCAAGAAGACGCAACCACGAUUCAACGGUAACUUUUCCGCACUGAAUAAUGAAGAAUACAUAAUACUAUUUGGCGGGGGCCGAGACUUAAUACUUGGCUCCUUGACACCUUGUUCAAGUACUCACCUAUCCAACCAAGCCGACUCAGAAGACCCUAACGAAUAUGGCACAGACCUGUUUAUACUCAACAGCUGCAUUGUCAUUUGGUUUAAUGGGCUAGGAUAUGGGCUGGAAAUUCCAUACAGUAGCGUCUUGUACCAUGCAUCGAGACGGCUGUCGGAUGGAAGAGAAGGGCUUCGACUAGAGAUCUUGCUGACUUUGGAAAGAGACGAAGUACUGGACAUGCUCUACCAAAGUCUUGCGCCACCGGCCAGUCAAUUCGAAGGGGAAGACGCCCAUGGCUUCACCGUGCGCAGCGUAGAACUGACCAUCAGGCCCAAAUAUUCAAUAUACGAUCGCCACUAUAACAACGAAAUCGAAACGCUUUUCACUUUCGAAAACUUCGGCGUGAACAGGGGCGAUGACCUGGUAAACAAUUGUAACGAAGCACUAGCCGUAUGCAUGGACCUACACGGUAGCGACGUACAAGAUCAAGACCAAGGCCAAUACCAAGAUCUGGACAUGGCAUCUGACGGUGCGCAAGAUCUCAACGCCACGUACUCUGGCUUAGGAGACACCCUCCAUGGGCAACCCGUAUACCAGAACGAUGGGCUGGCAGACGACCUAGACGGGGAUCUCCUUAUGGACAACGUGGUCUCUAAGGGUGGUCCCGAAGCAAGUAUGUCUAUGGAAUUCUACGCAAAUCAAAAUCUUGCUGGCAAAAAGAACCUCAGAGACGAAUGA